GUCUUUCCCUUGUGCAGGGCCUCCAGACAGGGCUGGCAGUUCCAGUCGGCAUGGAGGGGCCCCAGAGCUCCACCCCUGUCUUCAUGCUGCUGCUUUUGGUGUUGCUACUGGGCCCAGCUUGGCACGUAGCUGCCCAGCGAUGCCCACAGACCUGUGUCUGUGACAACUCCAGGCGGCACGUGACCUGCCGCCACCAGAACCUCACCGAGGUGCCGAACACCAUCCCCGAGCUGACCCAGAGGCUGGACCUCCAGGGCAAUCUGCUGAAGGUCAUCCCUCCAGCCGCCUUCCAGGACCUGCCUUACCUCACACAUCUGGACCUGCGGCACUGCCAGGUGGAGCUGGUGGCCGAGGGUGCUUUCCGAGGCCUGGGCCGCCUGCUCCUCCUCAACCUGGCUUCCAACCGCUUGAGCAUGCUGCCCCAGGAGGCUCUGGACGGGCUAGGCUCACUGAGGCGGCUGGAGCUGGAGGAGAACAUGCUGGAGGAGCUGCGGCCGGGGACCUUCGGUGCCCUUGGCUCGCUGGUCACACUUAACUUGGCCAACAACGCCUUGGUCUACCUGCCCGCCAUGGCCUUCCAGGGGCUGCUGCGCACUCGCUGGCUGCAGCUGUCCCACAAUGCGCUCAGCGUGCUGGCCCCCGAGGCCCUGGCGGGUCUGCCCGCUCUGCGUCGCCUCAGCCUGCACCACAACGAGCUGCAGGCCCUGCCCGGGGCCGCCCUGUCCAUGGCCCGCAGCCUGGCGCGUCUGGAGCUGGGCCACAACCCGCUCACCUACACGGGUGAGGAGGACGGCCUGGCGCUGCCCGGCCUGCGCGAGCUGGCUCUGGACCACGGGGCCCUGCAGGCUCUGGGGCCCCGGGCCUUCGCCCACUGCCCGCGCCUGCACACCCUCGACCUCCGCGGGAACCAGCUGAGCAGCCUGCCCCCGCUGCAGGGCCCGGGCCAGCUACGCCGGCUGCGGCUGCACGGCAACCCGCUGUGGUGCGCCUGCCACGCGCGACCCCUGCUCGAGUGGCUGGUGCGCGCCCGCGUGCGCUCGGACGGCGCGUGCCGGGGGCCGCGGAGGUUGCGAGGCGAGGCCCUGGAUUCGUUGCGGCCUGCAGACCUGCGCUGCCCCGGGGAUGCGGCGGAGGACGAGGAUGAGGUCGAGGUCGACGCCGGUCCCCGAGCCCCUCCGCGCUCCCCGCACCAGGAGGCCGCGACGGCCACGCCCUGCCCUCCGGCCUGCGUGUGCGUCGGGGAGACGCGGCACAGCGCUUGCGACGGCCGCGGCCUGCGGGCUGUGCCCCGCGGCUUCCCCAACGACACCCAGCUCCUGGACCUUAGGCGCAACCACUUCCCCUCGGUGCCCCGCGCCGCCUUCCCGGGCCUGCGCCACCUGGUGUCGCUGCACUUGCAGCACUGCGGCAUCGCGGAGCUGGAGCCCGGCGCCUUGGCGGGCCUGGAGCGCCUGGUCUACCUCUACCUCUCAGACAACCAGCUCUCGGGCCUGAGCGCCGCAGCCCUCGAAGGGGCCCCCCACCUCGCCUACCUGUACCUGGAGCACAACCGCUUCCUGAGGGUCCCGGGGGCUGCUCUGCGCGCCCUACCCAGCCUUUUCUCGCUACACCUCCAGGACAACGCGGUGGACCGCCUGGCGCCUGGGGACCUGGCAGGAGCGCGGGCUUUGCGUUGCCUUUACCUGAGUGGAAACCACAUCACCCAGGUUUCACCUGGGGCGCUGGGGCCAGCUCGGGAGCUGGAGAAGCUGCAUCUUGACAGGAAUCAGCUGCGAGAGGUGCCCACAGGCGCCCUGGAGGGGCUGCCAGCACUCACAGAGCUGCAGCUCUCGGGGAACCCAUUCAGGGCUCUGCAAGAUGGGGCCUUUCAGCCUGUGGGGCGGUCGCUGCGGCAGCUCUUCCUGAACAGCAGUGGCCUGGAGCAGAUUUCUCCCAGGGCCUUCUCGGGCCUGGGAACAGGGCUCCGGAAUCUGUACCUGCAGAAGAACCAACUUCAGUCCUUGCCUGCGCUGCCGUGGCUCAGCGGGCUGGAGCUCAUCGACCUCAGUGGCAAUCCCUUCCACUGUGACUGCCAACUGCUCCCGCUCCACAGGUGGCUCAUUGGGCUGAACCUGCGGGUAGGGGCCACCUGUGCCACCCCUCCCAGUGUCCGUGGCCAGAAGGUGAAAGCUGCAGCUACUGUCUUUGAAGUUUGCCCAGGCUGGACUGCCAGGAAGGCCAAGAGGACGCCAACCUCCAGGUUCAGUGCCAGGAGAAGCCCUAGCAACAGAAGACAUCAAUGAACAGACAAGGUGGAAGAACAAAGAGGCCACAUCUCAGAAUGGAACAGCCUGGCCCUGCCUCAGCUCAGCCCAGCCGCUCUUACUGUCAUCAGAAACAGGCUCCGAUGAGACCCCCAAGGACUGCAGGUCAUCCUCCAGUAAGGGCUUCUUGGAGCCCUGUCUGACGGGUCGAGUCUUGGCUGAUGGGACCCUUUUCCCUGUGAAUGAAAACAAAACAAACCCAGCAUUGGUGCUAGCAGGCAGUGGGGCACAAGGUAAAUAUCCCUUUUAUUGGUCAGGUGCCUGAGGUCAAAGAUGUUGUGGCUGCUAGUUUUCUUUCUUUUUUGAGAACGGGUUUCUCUGUGUAGCCCUGACUGUCUUAAACUCACUCUGUAGACCAGGUUGGCCUUGAACUAAGGAGAUACACCUGCCUCAGCCUCUGAGUGCUGGGAAUAAAAGUGUGCACCACCACUGCCUGGCUAGGUUUCUGACGUUUGAUUUGAUUGUAACAACGGCACAAUCAGGUCCCACUUUGAACAGCACAGUCUCUAUCCAGAGGUCACUCCUGCCCAGUGACCUAGGCCCUGCUUUGGCUUUGUCUUCCUCUGCCUGGUGGCCAUGUGUGGAACCAGCUUUUACAGUCCACAGUAGAGGAUGGCUUUGUCACCUGCCCUUCUGUCCCCUCCUCUUGCAGCCCCAUGAUCUACUGAGGGUGGCUCCCUCUGGACAGCUAGAUGGAGUCUGCCCCACUUAGCUGCUCCAGGAGGGCGUGAGGGAAGAGAGCCUUGGACACAGGGCUCCUUUUUCUAGCUGUCUUUCUUCACAACCCAGUGACAGGUACUUGGGACAAGCAGCAGCAGGGAUAGGAACUGCCCCCUCCUCCCAGCUUUACCCCCUCCAAUCUCCUUUUUCCUCAGUACACACCCCAUUCCUGAAUGUGUUCUAAUCCCCUAAGGCACAAGGUACCCUGGGGCAAGUUCCAGAAAGAG